AUGAAGUCCGUUCCGUUCAAAGAGUUUUUUUUUCUUUUUAGGGUAACAGAAGAUAUAGUGAAGGCGCAAGAACAAGGAUCUCAACACCGGUCAGUGACACCCCGAACACGCUCCAGUGAUCGGUCGCAGGCAUCUCCAUCCGGGAGACUAUCUCCAAUAGAAGUUAAGGUGGAUGAUGAGUCGGCAACACCGUCGGCUCCCACGAAUUCUCUCUUAUCUGUGAACAGAGCAGAUUUUGGCGCUGAAUUCUCAUUACAACAGAUUGCUUCAGCCAUUCAGAAAAAGCGGAGAGACGAUGAGCUUGAACAAGAGCGAGCUCAACAACGAGCUAUAAGGGAUGGUAAGCGAGUCUGCGCUUCAAUUGCAAAAAUGGUUCGCGAAUUUUGGAUGAAUGUGGACAAGGUCGUGGAACAUCGAGCGCAGGAAAUUCUGGAAGCCAAGAAACGAAAAGCGCUCGAUGCUCACAUGGCCUUUAUCGUUGGUGAGGCUGAUAAGCUGAGCUCGAUAGUGCAAGAAGGUUUGACGCAGGAUAGGGCUUCUAAAACACCUUCGGUCAACUCACGUGAUGAGGAAAAUGACGAUGAUUUUUGUGCAAGUGAAUCUGAGUCGGAUGAUGAAGUAACCAUUGAGCGUGAGGAGGCGGCAAUGCAAGAGCAGGAAAUCGAAGAUGUGAAACAAGAAGUAUCAGCUCUAAGCAAGGAUGCCGAUCAAGACAUGGAUGACUUUUUGGCUUCGCUGCCACCGGAGUACUUGGCUUCGCUUGGCUUACAAUUACCAUCAAAUUCUGCGGGUUCUACUGAAUCUCCGGCAGACUCUGAAGGGGAGGAUGACAGCAGGAAGUCGAAGCAAAAGGAACGUUCAAAAGCAGAUAAGAUUCGAAGCGAGAAUGACGACGGGAUCGAAGAAGUUGCUGCGAAACGUCCGAAACUUGAAGAGGCAUCAGAUGAGGAUAGCACAACUGACAAAAAUAUCGCUCAAACAUCUGCACCGGUCGAAGAGGCGCCAAAAACAGCUGAAGAAGACGAAGUGAGUGCCGACGAAGAGGAUCCUGACCGACUGCAGGACCAAGAUGCUAGUUUGGAAGGUAAUGGAGAUGGUCGUGGUAUGCUCGAAAGUGUUGACUACUCGAAACUGAAUAGUGUGAAUAGCGAUGAGCGUCAACAAGAACUAGCCAAUAUCGCGGAAGCAGCGCUGAAGUUCCAACCGAAAGGUUACACUUUGGAAACAACCCAGGUCAAAACUGCGGUGCCUUUUCUGAUCAGGGGAACGUUACGUGAGUAUCAGAUGGUGGGAUUGGAUUGGCUGGUCACGUUGUAUGAGAAGAAUCUGAACGGAAUUCUUGCUGACGAAAUGGGUUUGGGAAAAACGAUCCAAACAAUAGCCCUGCUGGCUCACCUCGCCUGCUGCGAAUCCAUCUGGGGACCGCAUCUGAUAAUUGUGCCGACGUCAGUCAUCCUUAACUGGGAAAUGGAACUGAAAAAGUGGUGUCCUGCGUUCAAAAUCUUAACGUACUUUGGUACACAGAGGGAUCGUGCGGAGAAGCGGCGGGGUUGGUCUAAACCGAAUGCGUUCCAUGUAUGUAUUACAUCUUAUAAAACCGUCACAACUGAUAUUCGUGCCUUCAAAAUGAAGGCUUGGCAAUAUCUCAUACUUGAUGAAGCGCAGAACAUAAAGAAUUUCAAAAGUCAACGAUGGCAAGCACUCCUCAACGUGAGAGCGAGAAGACGCCUUCUCCUUACUGGUACUCCUCUUCAAAAUUCUCUGAUGGAGCUUUGGUCGUUGAUGCAUUUCCUGAUGCCAGCGAUUUUCGCCAGUCAUGACGAUUUCAAGGACUGGUUCAGUAAUCCUCUCACCGGAAUGAUGGAUGGAAGUGUUGAGUUCAACGCUCCUCUAGUACAACAAUUGCACAAGGUGUUACGCCCUUUCAUUCUGAGAAGGCUCAAGAGCGAAGUGGAGAAGCAACUUCCGAAAAAGACGGAACAUGUUAUUAAGUGUCCAUUAUCAAAGCGUCAGCGAUAUCUCUACGACGACUUCAUGAGUCGGCGGACAACUCGCGAAAAUUUGAAAAGCGGUAACGUGCUCUCUGUUCUUAAUAUUGUUAUGCAAUUACGAAAGUGCUGCAAUCAUCCUAAUCUGUUCGAGCAACGAUCUGUGCAAUCGCCGAUGUGUCUACACACUAUGCGAGUUAAUAUGCCAGGGCUGAUAGUAGAUCUUGAUGAGAAGGUGUUCGGUCGUGAUCUUCCAGAAUUUUUUGAUUUGCGCAAGCGGUUCACAGGGGUCACCACUUCAACUGUUGGCAAAGUACCUCUAGUCAAAGAAUUGGCUGAAUCCAACGAUGCUCGUCCACCGAUCGUGCCCGGAUUUCGACUAAAUAGACCCAUUACAAGUGGAACGAACAUUCCCAGCGCUGCACAUUCAUCAGAGAUAGCGUCGGUUGUCGACGUGAGUGCUGCUGAAUUGCAACGUGCUGGAUUUGCCCAAAAUGAAAUGGUGCUCGUCGUUCGUGAUGGUGAAGAUAUUGAAAGUUUGCUGGGUAGCAAUGCUGGCGCCCCGAUCCCUAUGCGAGUAAGAGUAAAUGAUGGGCGUUUAGUGCUUGAUACGGAUGGCAUGAAGCAGAAUGGAGCUGGCGCCAAACUUUGUCAGGUUGUUACGAAUGCAAAUGGUGAGAAAACCUUGCGUGAAGUUUCCAAUCGGCUGGCAGAACAUACAACUGGAGGAAAUGCUCCCGUUCCUGUAUCUCAAGUGGCUAACCCAGCUCCUGCCGCAGUCGCCGCAAUGCCAGGAGGAGCAGCAUCGACGGCACUUCCAGCUUCGCCUAUAAAUGCUCUCAAGUCCGAACGAACACCAUAUGGGCAAUAUCUCAAAAACACUUCAACCCCCGUACAUCAUUUGCUCCGUUGUACAACUGCAGUAUCCAAAGUAGCGCCUCUGACGGUUUCGACAGCUACUAGUGGUUUCCACUAUACGAUGCAGAAUGGCGGUGUUCAUGAAUGUAGUGAGAUGAGUGACUCCAUUGUGGAUCUGUCCACGUCCCUCAGCCCUCCUUUGAAAAGACGUCGUAUCUCGUGCCCACUCAAGGACCUUGUGUCGGGAGAAUUUGCAGAUCUUGUACCGGUGGAAGUGGUGCAGCGUAUGGAAGAAAACAACCGGUUGAGAUUACGACGUAUUGUGGAACGCUUUGAAUGUCAGCAGCGACCUUUCUAUUCCAAACAGCUGCUUUCUUUGUUAAGGAAUUCAUUUGUUGUUCAGGAUGAGCAGGAUGAGGAUAACGAGCGGAGAGGAUUGGGAACUGUGAAAAGUUCCGCUUCUUUUGAUGUUCGGGAAUCUCUCAACGAAUGGGUUCGCGAAGUCAUGGAACGAUUCUGGAUCUGGGUCAACCCAGCUGUGGCAGGUGCACCGGCGUUGCAAACGUCGUCAUCAGGUCGUGGAUACAGUGUCCGCGUCGCAGAGCAACGAAUUGCCGAGAAAUGUCGUGAACUGUUGUCUUUGGCUCAUCCCUUGACACACACAGCACUUGUUGCUUCGCAGCUGCAUUUCCCUGAGCUUCGCCUCAUUGAAUAUGAUUGCGGUAAACUGCAAGCUUUGGCACGACUUCUUCGUCGCCUUUAUGCUCUAAAACACCGCUGUCUGAUCUUCACACAGAUGUCACGAAUGUUGGACGUCUUGCAAGCUUUCCUAUCUUAUCACGGGUAUCAAUAUUUUAGACUAGAUGGCACGACCGGUAUUGAGCAGCGGCAGGCGAUGAUGGAGCGGUUCAAUGCUGAUUCGAAGAUAUUUUGCUUUAUUCUUUCUACUCGUUCUGGUGGAGUGGGUGUGAACUUGACGGGAGCAGAUACAGUUAUCUUCUACGACUCGGACUGGAAUCCUACAAUGGAUGCUCAGGCACAGGAUAGGUGUCACCGCAUUGGUCAAACUCGUAAUGUGACAAUUUUCCGUUUGAUAUCUGAAAGAACCAUAGAGGAAAACAUUCUCCGCAAGGCCAACCAGAAACGACGGCUGGGUGAAAUGGCGAUCGAUGAUGCUGGCUUUACACCAGAAUUCUUCAAACAGUCUGACAACAUACGUGACUUAUUCGAUGGUGAUGUAGAAGUUGGCGAUAUUGACAUUGGAGAGCGUCCCAAAAGUCAGAGAGAUGUUGAGAAGGCUAUGGCCGUGUUGGAAGACGAGCAAGAUGUGACUGCGGCAAAGUUGGUCCUCGCGGAAACCAAAGCCGACAUUGCCGAAUUUGAUGAGACGCGAAAUGUUGGUGCCUCUGAAAAUUCGCUGGGCGGUUUCUUUAGUUGCCUUGACAGCGAAGAUCCUCUUGAUGAGAAAUACAUCGAGUUAAUCAGUCAGUUGAAACCGAUAGAGCGGUAUGCGGUGAACUUCCUUGAGGCAGAAUACAAACCCGAGUUCGAAGAGGAAGUUAGAGAAGCGGAGGCGGUGAUCGAGCAAAAGAGGGAAGACUGGGUGAGAGCUCACAAUCAAGCUCUCAGCAAUGGCGAUGCGAACAACGGUGUCGACGAGAAUUCCGUGCGAUUAGAUGACGAUUUCUAUGGGAAUGGAAUGCUGUUAGAUGAGGUACGGUCACGACGUAGAGGCCGUGUCUCAGCCUCGGCUGGAACAACCGGUACACGCGCAGUGCCGUCUCGCCAUUCUAGUCGUUUAGCAACACCGCAAGUAAAGCCUUCUUCUCCUCCUAGAAAAACUCUGUCAGGUCGCCGUGUUAUUGCUCCAAACUCGCUUACUGCUUCACUUUCUUCUUCUCAUAGCUUACGCUCUUCAUCUGCGCCCACUGCAAGAAGGUCUGCUGCUCAAACUGCUGCUCGAUCAGCUGUUCGCAAGGCUACGGCGAGGGUUUCUGCUCGACGAAAUCGGUCGCUGAAAGAGGAAUCUGAUGAACCUAGCUCCCCUACAAGCUCAUCACCAACGCCUGCCAAUAACGAGAUGAGGAAACGACGUGGAAGGCCAUCCCGUAAGUCUUCGGCUUCAGAGGACGCAGUCGCACAAGAGCCGCCUUCUACACCUGUGGAGAAUACUGCAAAACAAGAACAGCCACCUUCUCCUGAAACAGUUAAACAGGAAAUUGUGGUAAAGACCAAAGCACCCCCUGUUGUUUCACGAAGCACUGCCACACUAACAUCGGCGUCGUUCUGCGUUCGUCCAGCGACCAUUGUGGGCUCAGUGCUUACUACGCCAGCACCGCCGUCACAGCCACAUCAUCCUACUACCUCUUCGUCGCCGUUUAAAACUCCUAUCCCACCGCAACGCUUCCCUGUGCGCACGUUAUCGCGGCACUCACAGCUUUCUCUUCCUCAUUCCUCCUCUCUCUCUUCCAUAACUACUGCUCGUGCUUCUUUCCAAUCGUCUCCCAUGCGACUUCCCGUGCGGGUACUGCAGUCUCCUCCAUCGACUUCACGCCAGUCUAGUCAUCCUGUAGGCGUCAGUGUUUCGCCUCUACAAUCCUCACCACCGCUGCUUGUCCGACGAGCAAAUACUAUUACUCGUGUUUCUCUACCGGUGUUCGCAUACAAUCAUGGAUUCCUAGAUGAAGUCAUGCCGAUGUGGACGCCUUUUCCCACGCCACCUCUGUCGGAUACCGAUAACGACAUUUACUUCGACGAUUGCCUGGAUCUGCUUUAUGAUCGCGAUUUUAUGCCGGAAGAGAAGUUACCGUCGGAAAUUUAUGAGUUGCACAGUUCCCUGAACAAACCUGCUAGUCCAGUGAAACAACCUGCCCCUCCACCUGCUCCUCCUCCACAUAACACUCAGCAGUCAUCGUCAGAUGCAGCAGUGAUGAGCUUGUUGAAUGCACUUCACAAUCCGCCCAAUUCUUACACUCCACCACCAGCUUCGUAUAGCCCUACACCAUACUCACCAGCAGAAUUCGACCAGUACAUGCAAGGCUAUAAUGCUGUAGCUGAUAACCGUGUAUCAAAAAAGGAGCGGCGUGCGUUACCACGCCAACUGGAACAGAAGGGGCGAGAGCUCAUGCGGCCUGUAACUCCACCUCCAGCCGUCCGGGAAGAGUACGAUUAUGAAGGUCCGGAAUGGAACAUCAUCGAGGAUCAGGCGUUGUUGACGGCUAUUCGAAAUGAAGAGCUGAUGUGCCACAGUUUUGAAAGAAUGAAGACCUCCUUGCGGUACAAUUGGGAAUACAUUUCUGGAUUCGUUAACCGUGUCACGCGAUUCUACAGAUCUCCUCGACAGUGCUCAAUCCGGUAUCAAAUGGUUGUGAGACCACGUGAAAGUGGUCAGUUGAUGGUUGUGGAUCCAUUGACAAAGAAACCUCGUAAGGUGCCGUUGACUUCAGCUGAGAUUGUUCACUUACGCAAAGGGCGUGUCUCGACCGAUCUCCAGUACGCACAUGAUGCUGAAAGAAUACGUGAAUCGUCGAUGAUUGGUCGAUUACGCUUGAUCGAUUCAUUGGCAGAGAAACAGAAUUCGUACAAGUGCGCAAGGCGACCAAUCGAUCAGCGCUCUUUGGAACCGAGCGGACGUUUACCACCAGCUCAGGAAAGUCGGCUUGCUGCUAUGAACAUUCGCUUCCCGACUGGUCUUUCCCCGCAGGAAAUCUUGUCAAAUCUGGAAGAAAAGCGAAUGGCCCAGGAAGCGGCCAAAAAGAAAUUGGCCGAGCAGCAGGCCAACAAUGAGCGUCCGUCUAGGAUGCCAAUUGUGAUAUCAGUUCCUCAGCUUGUGCUACCAAGUCCACCGGCUAUUCAGCAGUCCAUGGCGCAGGAUCUUACUAUGAAUGUCAUGCCGCAAUCGCAUUCACCUGUUGGUGGAAUGCGUCGCACUGCAUCACAUCCGUCAGCUGGGGUUGCGUUGGGCAGCAGUUUACAACAUGCGCAGGGGUCAGGAUCCAACACCCAACAUAAUUAUGUGGUCGUCAGUCAGGACUCCCUCCCGCCUUCAUCACGCAUGCAAUUUGUCACCCGGACGGCAGAUGGCAUGGCAAUCGGCCAAGGUGGUCAGCCUGUCUAUCGUUCCAUUUCGAACACUUCGCAAACAAAACGCACUCCACCAACAACGCCGUCGCUUAGUCGGGUACAGGGUAGUUACAUGACGAACGUUCAGACGGUGUCAGGUAACAGUCAGCUGUUCCAACCGGGUGCAAACACAGUCGGUGGCGCACCAAGAGGAAGAGUUAUGCAAAGGCCCGCUGCUCCUCGGAUGUUCGUCCAACAAGCCCCCCAGUCCGGUGAUCGUUCAUAUGUCGUUCCUCAACAGCAAAUUCGGAUGGUUUCUACGCAACGCCUCCCUCCUCCGAAGAGAACCAUCGGACAAAAAGCACCGAUGACCGCUGUUAUGGUGCCUUCACGAGCCGGGCAACCGCAUCAACUACGUGCUGUUCCGAGAGGAUUCACCCAGGGAACGCGGAUUAUGAAUGUGGUCAUGGCGCCGAGUAGUAGUGUAGCCACAUCUAGUUCGUCACAAUCGCUUCCAAUCCCAUCAACAAGUCAGCCCGGUGGAGGAGCUAUGACGGCUUCCGCCCCAACAGUUCGACAUCCAUCUCCUUUCUCUGAAGCGACUGGCGUCACUGUCAAGAGACAACUGUUGGCGCAAAAUCGACAGCUAGGUCCUGCUUCGCGAGGCGCAUCUCCACAGACGGUUGCUCAGGUGGUAAUCGCACCUCCCCAGCAAACCGCAGGCGAAGAGCCAUCACCGUCUACACCAGUCCCAACUGCAGCUCCGACAUCUGCUCCAGCUCCGUCUUCAGCUACGCCUUCUACUUCUGCUUCUGUCUCUGCCUCGAUUUCCGGUUCUGCUCCCGCUCCAUCGCAGUCAUCACAGGGAGAAGAUCUGCCUCCGACAGUUGCGAGGCAACAGACCUCAUCUCCUCACAACUCGUGA